AGGAAGGGCAUCUACGGCGACUGUGACUGACAUGUUGCUCGCGAUCUUUUACACCACGUGGCCCUCCACCUCUCCCCAGCUGGCCCCCGGCCACCGCUUAUAUAUACCUUCCUCCCCGUCCGCUUCCCCUACCUUCCAUCGAUCUCUCCCGAUCUCUUCCUUUCCUAUUCUCCCACCCUUCAUCUCUUUAAUUCUCUAGCUGCAAACAGCUGUGAGGAGCAGGCUCUGAUACAGAGCGCACUCUGUUUCCCACAACUUCUCUGCUUUCUUGUUUUCUCAGCUCUGCGAGCAAUCAGCUUCUCUGGAUCCAUUUCGGUUUCUGUGACUCUUGGGGAGUGUGUCAAUCUUACUGCCCUUUCAUAAUUACAGUAGUUGCCGGGGAGUUUAACUCCUUCCAGCAACUACCCAGACCCCACCCACGCGUCUCUGUCACUGUCUCUCUUCUCUGCCUGCUUUCCAUUUAUAGCUUUUCAUAUAUAAAACUAGUACUGCAGUCUGCAAGGAAGUUAGUUUCGUCCAAUUCAGAUAUACAUAUUUGAAUUUUCUUCUGUUUACUUUCGACGAUCUCCCAAAAAAUAAACAAAGAUGGCGGAACAAGCUACCGGAAAGAGCUGUAGUCAUCCCCAUCACCAAGUCUUCGAUCUCUCCCUCAACGAGGUUCCCCGUGUUGGCUCCCACUUCUUCGACGACGACGGCCGUCUCAAGCGCAGCGGGACUGUUUGGACGGCAAGUGCUCAUAUCAUAACAGCUGUGAUUGGGUCCGGAGUUCUGUCCUUGGCCUGGGCAACUGCUCAGCUCGGAUGGAUUGCUGGUCCUGCCGUGAUGUUCUUGUUCUCUUUCGUUACUUACUACACUUCCACGCUCCUCUCUGCUUGUUACCGUUCCGGAGACCCUAUCACUGGCAAGAGAAAUUACACUUACAUGGAUGCUGUUCGAUCCAAUCUCGGUGGAGCCAAAGUCCAGAUUUGUGGGGUAAUUCAGUACCUGAACCUUUUUGGAGUCGCCAUUGGGUACACCAUCGCAGCAUCUAUAAGCAUGAUGGCAAUCAAGAGAUCGAAUUGCUUCCACGAGAGCGGCGGGAAUAAUCCCUGCCACUUGUCCAGCAAUCCAUACAUGAUCACGUUUGGCGUCGCCCAGAUCAUUUUCUCUCAAAUCCCAGACUUCGAUCAGAUAUGGUGGCUCUCCAUUGUCGCCGCCAUCAUGUCCUUCACUUACUCCACCAUCGGCCUCGGCCUUGGCAUUACAAAAGUUGCAGAAACCGGGAAAAUCCGAGGAAGCCUCACCGGAAUCAGCGUCGGCACCGUUACCCAGACCCAAAAAAUAUGGAGGAGCUUCCAAGCACUCGGCGACAUAGCUUUUGCCUACUCUUUCUCCCUCAUCCUCAUUGAAAUUCAGGACACGGUCAAAUCCCCACCAGCAGAAGCCAAGACGAUGAACAAGGCAACUUUCGUAAGCGUUAUAGUGACGACCGUCUUCUACAUGCUCUGUGGCUGCAUGGGCUACGCCGGGUUCGGAGACUUGUCUCCUGGAAAUCUCCUCACCGGCUUCGGUUUCUACAACCCAUAUUGGCUUCUCGACAUAGCAAAUGCCGCCAUAGUAAUCCACUUGGUGGGAGCUUAUCAGGUGUACUGUCAACCCCUUUUCGCCUUCAUCGAGAAAUCCGCCGCCGACAGAUUCCCGGACAGCGAUUUCAUUUCCAAAGAAAUCAAAAUUCACAUCCCGGGUUUCCGCCCCUACAGCCUCAAUCUCUUCCGACUGGUGUGGCGAACCAUUUUCGUGAUCGCCACCACGGUGAUUUCCAUGCUUCUCCCCUUCUUCAACGACGUGGUUGGGCUUCUGGGGGCUCUGGGAUUUUGGCCCCUCACCGUUUACUUCCCGGUGGAGAUGUAUAUUGUGCAGAAGAAGAUUCCAAAGUGGAGCACCAGAUGGGUCUGCCUCCAAAUCUUGAGUUUCGCUUGCCUCGUGGUUACCGUGGCUGCGGCUGCCGGCUCCAUCGCCGGGGUUGUUCUUGAUCUCAAAUCCUACAAGCCAUUCAAGACCAGCUACUAGCUAGGUAGCUGAAUUUGUUGGGAUGAGAAAUUCGUGGAGAUUUCCGAAGCAAGGAAGGAAAUGAACAUUAAUUAGGAUUUCAAUUCUCGUUGAGUUCAGAACAUGGGUCAGAGUUAAUCUGGCUCUGUAGUUCCAAAAUUCGUCUGUGCUGGGUAUUGUGUAUUUGCACAUCACUGAACUGUUUAUUUAGUAGAUCUCAUGUACUUUCAAGUAAUGAGACACGAUCUAAAUGAAUAAUUGUGAUGUGUUUAGUGCAUGUCUGUCUGCUGAAGACAUCCAAGAAUUUCUCGUUGCGUUUAGGGAGAAAAAGGGCACAUUGAGUGUUUGUAAAUUGUAAGAAUGUUCUAAUUAGUUCAAGUCUAUUAAAGUCUGAUCCCAAUUCCGACCAUGCGCUUUAAAAUGCAAUGAAAACAAUUCAAGUAAAUUAUUGGCAA